AUCAGCUUCAGUGUUGAGCGGCGAACUAAUCGGUAAAGACAGCUUUCUUCGGUUCAGUAGUGCUUCGGUACUUCAAAGUGUAAAACCCGAUCAUAAUUAUGGGAUUAUGGACGAAAAAAAGUUCGAAGAACACCCAAAAAAUGUUUUUGUGUCGGAAAAACAACUUUAUAAUAACAUAGUUUGUGAAAAUAUAAUUAAAGAACAUUCAGUGCCGCACGAAGAUAUUCUGGACAGAGCAGAAAAUCAUCCUGGAUCUCCAAAAAAGCAAUUUGAAGAUGAAAUUCCUAACUCAGACCAGAAUUUCAGCGAUUUUCUUCAUUCCAAUUUGUCAAAAUAUACUAAAAGACAUUUAGAAUCAUACCAGAGCAAUCUAAACCACAUAGAAGUACCGGAAAAUGAUUUAGGGUCACCAGAAACCCUUCCUAUAGAUAAAGAACCUACCCUAUACAAAAGUUUUCAUGAUUUCAAAUGCGGUAAUACAGAUACAAAAACUUGUAAACUGUAUAAAGAACAUUCAGACAAAUCAGUAGCACAUGAAGAUUACUGUAGAACAUCGAACAAACCUUUUCAAGAUAAUUUAUUUUGCUCUAACUUUGAAAACCCUUCAAAUUCUGGUUUAAAACCUUUAGGAAUCAAGGAAUAUUCAUCUCCAAGACCUUUAUUACUUCACCAGAGCAGCCUGGAUAGCCUAACAGUACAAAAAACUACUAGUUUUAGCCAAUUUUUUCAAACAAAACUUCCAGAGUCAUCAAAAAUAAUUAAAAGCGAUACAGGACUUGGUGAGAAUUUACAGAAAAGUUCGAUAUUUGAUGAUAAAGAUGGUCUUUCAACAUCUCUGGGUGAUUUUUUUGAUCCCAGUUCAUCACAAUCGUCAAUAUUUGACGGAACUGAAUCUGAAACUUACAAAACUUUGAGAAAAAGUAUCAGUAAAGAUAGCAGUGAUGAGAUUUCGGUGUUUUCGCCUUAUAAAGUCAUCUCCGAUGAAACGUUGGAUCUUAUUUUAUCUGGAACGGAAAGGUUUCUGCAAAUUAGGUCACCCGAAUGUGCUGAAACGCAAUUGAGCGGGAUUUGUGAGCAUGAGAAUGAGGACGGUGCUUUUGAAAAGCAAGAAACGUCGGGUCCUGAGAGUGGAGAUGUUGAGUCUGAUAAUGAGGUAGAUGAUGAGAUGGUGCUAGUUCCUUCUGAUCCACUAGAGUGGCACAGUACUCAUAUCCAGUCUUGGCUGCGUUGGUGUUCCAAAACCUUUUCUUUGAAACCACCUCCAGAUCAUGAGAAGUUUCCUCAGACGGGAAGUGAAUUGUGCGAAUUGACCAGAAUCCAACUUGAGGAACGAUCUGAUCAAAGAACUGGUACAAUAUUAGCAAAAUACAUCGCGUUUCUGCGGCAUAGCGUGUCUGGUAGAAGCAGUAGCCCUUUAAAUGUCGAAUGUAAAGUUUUUGACAAAUUUGACACAGAUAAAGACGAGCCAGAAAAAGCGGCCGCGGCCGCGGUAACCGCCGCCGCCACCGGCAGCGACCCCUACCAGCUGCUGAACGCGGCCACGCAGCGAUUGGUGGCGCAGGGCAGCGGCCAGAUCCAACUGUGGCAGUUCCUGCUCGAGCUGCUCGGCGAUUCGUCGAACGCGGGCUGCAUCGCGUGGGAGGGCGCCAACGGCGAGUUCAAGCUGACGGACCCCGACGAGGUGGCGCGCCGAUGGGGCGAGCGCAAGAGCAAGCCCAACAUGAACUACGACAAGCUGAGCAGGGCGCUCAGGUACUACUACGACAAGAACAUCAUGUCCAAAGUCCACGGCAAACGGUACGCCUACAAAUUCGACUUCCACGGCUUGAUGGCGGCGUGCCAAGCACAAGCACAGGGCCAAGGUGACAUGGUUGCCUCGUACAAGUACCAACCGCAUCAAAGUGAACUGGGUGCAGCCUUGUAUCCAACUGCUCACGGUACCGGCACUAGGAUACCGGGAAUUCUACCGCCGGCUACCCAACAGCAAGGGUUGUUUCCUCCACCCUCGUACUGGCCUUAUUCUUCGGGAAGUUUUGAUCCUAGAGGACAUCAUUUCAAUUAAAACCGUUAAGAAGUAGGGGUUUUACAGAAAUACAGGGUCUGGCAAUAGUGCGUCGCGCGUCGGGGCGUCGAACAUAUGACAUAUGUUGCUGGAAUAAAAAACUUGGGAAUAUUUUAAUUAUUGUUAGUUCCCAGUACUUAGCACGCAGAAAAAAAAUCGUGGGUGUUUGGGAAGGCUUGAAAGGAAACAAUGUUCUUGCGACGUCAAUACGAUAUAAACCGAGCAUCGAUGUAUAUCGGGCCAAAAAAUACCCGUUAAGUUUCUGUUCGAUUCGUCUCUAUGUGUCUUAGUGUUGGCGGUUGGAAUCGCCAUGAAUGUUUGUAGGCAUAAAUAGGUGGAUUAAUAUAUGUUUUGGUGCCUGAAGAAGCGGCAAUAAAGUCGCGAAACGUCGCAAAAACAUUGAUUCCUUUCAAGCCUUCCCAAACACCCACGAUUUUUUUCCUGCUUGGGAAUAUUGUUUAAGGGUAGAUCCAAAGUAUGCAAGUACUAGCGUUGAUUGAAAGAAUUGGGAAGAUACGCAAUCUAAUGGGCGAAUUCGUGACAAUCUUGUCACGAAUUUGAUUUUAUCUCUCAAGUGCUGUACGUUGAUCCUCUACUCAUUCUGCGGUCAACGCAUAAAACAUGCAUUUUCUCUAAUUCGGUUAGCAAAGGUAUAUCGAAGACGGUGCGGAACUGAAAGCCACAGUGUUGCCAUAUUAAAAUGUGUACCUAAUAUCUAUAAUACCUUUGAUAAAAAUAUCUUUGGAUGAAAAAUCCGCGUUUAUGUCUUGAACAUUUAUUCGGGUUAAAUAUAGAAUAAACAACAAAAAUAAAAAUUCUUUUAUAGGUACUGAAUAUUUCGUAUGAUCGAAAAAAGUUGUUUAGUUGGCUUGGAAAUUACGACUAUUGCCAUUUAACAUAAUAUUUUGCAUAUGAAAUAACAGCGAUCUUUAUUUCCAAGCCAACUCUG